UUCAUUUUUGUAUUUUUUUUUAAACGUUUUUCGAGAGUUCUGCAAAGUUAUGUGUCUUUGGUAUACACUGUCAAGACUGUGUUUGGCAAUACCAUUUGUGUGAUCGCACAUGAGUGUCAUUCUAUCUUUGUUUUAGAUUUAUUAAAAUGAGCGAUAAGAUAAAUCGCACACGAGUAGUGUUUCCGAACGCAGCUCAGUGCAUCACAGCACUUUUGAGCAACGAUGUUUUGUAGUUGAACUGGUUCCAACUACAAAAUUGUAGCCGCUGGAAUACGAGCAACAAAUCAAAGUCAUCGCGUGACUCUUCUUGUCGCUUAAACACUUAGUUUUAGCGACACGUGAAAUUCUACCUUAACAUAUGUAUAAUUGCACAGCUUAGUGUGGAGCAAAAAAAUCGAUAUCACGAAGAACAUUGUGAACAUUUGCACGCCGCCGGUCUCGUGUGUGUCAUCUGAACGCGACGUCACGACACGACGCAAUCACGGCGACUUGAGUGUGUGCGUGUUGCGUGUGGAGUAAAAACAGCUGACGAGUAAUAAUGUUCCCGAGAUAGCUUUGACCCAAUAGUCCCAAUGAAAAACCAUGGUGAGCGAUCGCCCGCUGCGAGAAUUGACCUGAACGCUCCGAAAUAUGUUGACGGUGUCGCCGAGACGCCGAUUGUCGUGACGUGCCGCAAUCUUUUCUAGAAAAUCUCGUGCUUGACGGACGAGAAGCGCACAUUUCCCGCGGUUUUCCGCUUUUCACCUGCUUUCCUUUAGCGAUGCGUGUCGGACGAAAACUCGACAUCUCGGCGUCUAGCUGUGUUUGUCUCAUUUUCUCUCAAUAGUCGUCCGAUAGCAUCGUGCCAUGUGUUCUUUCUGACGCUUACGAAUGUUGUCUGCGUGUUGUGAAUCGAAUGUUAUCAAUUCUUGGGUUUUACGUAUAUUCACUACUGAAUAUUGUUUGUCAUCGGACGCGAAGCAAAGUGUAUGUACACAAGAGAUAUGGAGUGAAUUGGAUCACUUAUUUGAGUUGAUAAAAUGAACAUUUUUCAAGUACUGUAGAGACAAAUUGAACGAGACAGAAGUGACGGUAAAAUCAAAAAGUAUUAUAGUUACCAGAAUAAAGUAGUGUAUUACUUGUAUCUGUGAUACAUAUACACCGCAAUACAUUAUACCUAUCAACCACAUUAUGAUAAGACAAAGCUGACUUUCGUCUGGCAACAGCCAAAUACAUCGGUGUAUUCGCCAGUUUCAAUUGGAAUCCUCUUAUGUUAAGACGACGAUAAAUAUUCACAUAAAUCAGUUGAAUAAACAUGAGAGUAACAGUCUGCCAUUUUCGGCGCUGCAUAAUAGCGGCUCUGUGUGUGGCACUAUUAUUUUGUGUUGUCCAAGUGAUAAGAACAGAAUUAGGAUUUAAUGAACCUGAUUUAUCAAAUCUAGACAAAUUAAUGCACAUAUCGCAACUAAUCAAAGAAUCAGAACAGUCUUACGUGAAAGAAGGAGCUGUUGCAUGUAAGUUACCUCAACUGAACAUCUCUAGUCCAGAAAUAAUGAAGUUUAUACAUGAUGUGCCACCUUUAUCAUGUGGACCUGAAGAUUGGGUUACAGUGGAAGGCUCGAAUCUUAUUAUUUCUAAAAAAGCAAAGGACAAGCAUGGAAAAAUACUUUGUACUUUCAGUGAGAUCAUCAGAACAGAUGAUUACAAUACAAAAUUGUUAAACGGCAUAGAAGCGGACGAUUUUUACACUCUGAGAGACAGCGACUUCGCGAACGUCAGAUGCAAAUCAAAAUACGGAUAUGUGUGGCAAACCGUACUCGCCGGAGUAAAAUACGAUCCGCAGGUCAAGCAACAGCACAAGUGGGACAAUGUGCCGGAUACUGGCCUAAAAGUGAACGUGCUCAUACUUGGCUUUGACUCAUUGUCGCGAAACACAUUUAUUCGCAAACUGCCCAGGACUUACAACUUCAUAACACAGCAACUGAACACCAAGGUGCUAGAGGGCUACAAUAUUGUCGGGGACGGCACUCCGCAAGCACUCAUCCCGAUUCUAACCGGCAAGAUCGAGCUCGAAUUGCCCGAGACACGUAAACGAAUGGGCCACAAAGCCAAUUACGUUAAUGUGUACCCUAUGAUAUGGAACAAGUAUAAGGAGCACAACUACAUAACAGGUUUCAUGGAAGAUGUGCCGCAUAUCGGGACCUUUACGUAUCGUUUGAAGGGAUUUGACGAACAACCGACUCAUCAUUACAUGCGCACUUACUAUCUAGCUGCAUCUCCGUACUUUAAAUCGUACAACAAAUUCUGCGUAGCCGGCAUUCCACGUCACAUGGUGAUGAUGAAUUAUAUAAAAACGAUAUUCAAUACGUAUAAAGAGCAACCAAAGUUCGUAUUUGGAUUUCACGGAGAACUUUCUCACGACUCUUAUAACGACAUCGGAGUGGUGGAUGAUGAUUUGUAUUCUUGGGUGAAAGAUCUUCAUGAUCUCGGGCAUUUGAACAACACUAUUUUGAUUCUAAUGAGCGAUCACGGACACAGAUUCGCGGACAUACGUAAUACUUUGCAAGGUAAGCAAGAGGAGAGAUUGCCGUUUUUCUCUUUCACUUUUCCACCCUGGUUCAAGCAAACCUAUCCACAAGCAUACGCUAACUUUGUAUAUAACACACAAUACUUAACAACACCAUUCGAUGUACAUAAGACAUUGGAGAGGAUACUUAAUUUCAAUACGCCACAAGAGGGUGAUCGUCAUCAAAGAGCUAUCAGCUUAUUUGACAGAGUGCCUCUAGACAGGACAUGUGCGGACGCGUUCAUAGAACCUCAUUGGUGUGCUUGUCUCAGAUGGAAGGAAGUGUCGAUUGAUGACAUAAACGUUGUCGCUGCCGCUAACUACUUCGUCCAGUUUCUCAAUGGUUACACCGUGGAUCAUCAUGACAUAUGUGAGAUAUUGCACCUGGACGAAAUUCUUUGGGCUUCUAAGCUCUUACCCACCAAAGGUUUGUUGGAUUUUCGAAAAUCCGGUGAUCAAGAUGGAUUUAUAGGCGAUUUUAGCGCAAAAACCAAAGUAACGACGGAAAUUUAUCAGUUGAAAGUGAGAACGGUGCCGGGUGACGCGCUGUUCGAAGCUAGCAUCGUUCACGAUCUAACGAAAAAUACUUUUCACACCAAGAUCUCCGAUGUCAGCAGGAUCAACAUGUACGGAUCUCAGGCGAGAUGCGUGGAAAAUUCGCUGUUUCAUUUGCGCAAAUACUGUUACUGUAAAGGAUAGGUAAUAUUUAUAUAGUAUAAAGUCUGAACACAUACAGAAAUAUCAUGCAUCAAAAGUCACAAUCAAAGCACCGUCGGACUGUCACGUGACGAAUGUUAUUUUAAUUCUAUGUUGAAGUAGGCCAAUCUUAUUGAUUAGGUAUUUUCAAUCAAAUCGAAUAGUUUAUCUGUAACAUUAUAUAGUCUAAGAAAAUGUCUUUCAUCUUUUAUUGUUCCUUUAUCAUUAUCAUGAUAGAGUUUUUUAUCUGAAUUUAGAAUAAUAAAGAGUGUAUUUAUUUGCGUUUUCGACCGAUAAAUAUAUCGAAUCGUACCGGACGGAAACACUAUAUGUAAUUUAAUAUGCCGCAUAUACAUUUAUUUAAUUGAAAGAAUUCAUUUUAAAACGAAAGUAUUGUGAUUGAUAUUGAUUCUUUUGCUAGACAAAAUCAAGUAUAUUGAUUAUUGUUACGUUUACAUUGAGUUUAUUGUAUAACGAUGAACGUGAUUAUAUUGUAGUAUGAUGUAUGAUAUGAUAUUAUAUUAUAAUACUUUAUUAUUAUAAUCAAUAUCAUAUCAAAAACAUAUCACUUUGAGAAAAGUUCCCUUACUUAUACCUUUUAGUUAUAAUUUGCAUUUUAAUUUAUAUGAUAUAUUUUAAAUGACUCAAACAAGUGUACUCACAUACACACACACACGCGUAUAUAUAUUUUUUAAUUUUUUAUUUUUUAAUGCACGGUGUUUUUGCCUGAGACUAUUAUUUGUAAUAAUAUUUUAUAAGGAACAGUUAUAAAUUGUUUAAAAUCUGUAUAUUUACAAUUUUU